UCCAAUCUUGUUUAACAAUAAUGGUGUAAUUCAAAUUUUACGCUUUUAAAGUAGUUUUGUUACAAUGAAGAAUCUUGAUAGAUACCAGCUUGGAUCGUUAAUCCUUAUUUUGCUAUCAAUAAUUGCUAAAACAUCGUCUUCGAUCGUAGGUUUUCAAUCGAGCGAAGUUGGUAACUAUUUUCCCGGUUACAAGUCUUACUUUGGUGAAGAGUCUUUUUACGAUGACAGUAUUUUUUACGCUCUCUGUGAAACACCGGACAGCCCGAAAUCGACGAAAUUCUGUCGUUUUGGCUUGGACAGAUCUCUCACCAAUGAGACCUACGAGUGCCAGAUCGAGCUGAGGACCAAGAAUGCUAAGCACGAAAUCCUCGAAGAGAUUCGCGUGGUGGCUUUCGACGAGUACAGGAUCAUCAUUGCGUGGCAAGAGCCCGAAGAAUCGUUCGGCUAUCACAUGCGCUUGGCCAACCUCGAUUACCGGGACUGUGUCAUGAGUUUGAAGCAAUUCGACGUGCAGGUAGUGAGCAUUCUGCGCGAGGUGCGUUUCGUCAUUUACGACGACAGCUACGAGGUGAUCUUCGAAAAUUGGAUGAUGUGCGAUCGUAAAUUGUGCAGAGUGAGAAUCGAUCUGCAGGGAAAAUUACUGGCUGGGCCCGCGGCUUGGUUCGCCAUCAACGAUGAUGACAUGAGCUUCAUGAGACGAGCGCAACAACUCAGCGUGGUACCGAUAAAGCCGCGCUCGUACGAUUUCGAUCACUUGUUAAUCAAGCAGUUCAAGGAGCAGAGUUUCGACGCGAGGGGCGGCUUGCUCGAGGCCAACGAUACCAUUAAAAUUGUGUCUAUACUGCGAGAUGACGGUUCGAAAAUGCAACUGAUCAACUAUCGUCGCAGUGGAACCAACAUUUCUUCGAGUCUACACCAAUUUGCAUACUCUCUGGUGCACAAACUCAUCGGUAUCUGCUAUCAGUUGAACAAUCGAAUAUAUUGCAGUCAAUUCGAUCGAACAGGAAUAUUGAAAUUUCAAGUACAGCUCGAUUACUCGUACACAUUGCACGAAAUGACUAUGUACAAUCUGCCCCUUGACGAGGGGUUUAUCUUGCUAACGACCGAGUGCCUCAGCGAUACCUGCGACUCCUCUAUGAAACACGAACAUCAUUUGGAUAUAAUUAGUCCAGCUGGAGACAGGACCAAAUUGACUCGGUUCGAUAGGAUGGAGUGCAGUGUGCCAAGGCCAACCAAGAUGGAAUUACAUUUCUAUCAAAAUACCGAUCAAUCUUACUGUUUAUCGCAAAUUUGUUACGAUGCUGAUAUUUUUAGUCACAUUAAUCAAUUUCCUUACUUGAAACACAUAGCGACUUGUUUCAGUAAAGAUCUUGUCACUUGAUAUAACGAUUCUGUAUUUUCUAAUAAAACAUUUUUAACUCACACCA